GAUCAACAUGAGCUUUUCUUCCCUCCUCUUGGUUACCUGUUUUCUCUCUCCUCGUCAUCCUUUGAGUCGCUGUUGUCGUUUUCGUUCAGGGAAGGCUACAUUCAAACGAGUCAGAUGGUUCCGGCGCAGACCUUGCUUCAACCGCUUCAGCAACAAUUGAUCGUCGAUCCAAAUGGCACUGCAGCGGGCCAACAACCUACCUUUGCCUUCCAAGCAAGUGAUGGUAGUCUGAUUCCAGUUCAGCUUGCCGCUUCGCCAAAUGGUGGACCUCUUAUCAUGCUAAUGCCAACUCAAACUACUGGUCAGGGCGGGCAGCCUGUUUACACCACACAGGCCAUCACGACUGGUGCUACGGCCGCUACUGCGACUAUUGAUGCCGCCGGGCAAGCUACCGUUCUCGGUUCUACAGUGGAAGAUGAGAACAAUCAAGCCGCGGCUCUACAGCAGCAACAGACUCAGCAAUCGACCGGGCAGGUACAAUUGGUGCACCAGCAGACCGUAACUGCAACUCAGGCAGCAAGUCAGCUGAUGCAACAAACGGCUGCCCAGCAGAGCACUGCUUCCAUGGCUGGUGUGGGUCAAGAGGAGCCUCUCUACGUGAAUGCAAAGCAGUACAAUCGAAUUUUGAAGAGAAGGCAGGCUCGUGGCAAACUGGAGGCUCAAGGUCGUAUUCCGAAGGAACGUCGGAAGUAUCUGCACGAGUCCCGUCACCAGCAUGCAAUAAAGCGGGUUCGCAAUGCUGGGGGGCGAUUCUACUCGGCACCGACUAGUAACUUACAUCGAGGGAGCUCAGUGAUGGCGAUUUUGUGGUUUUCUGUGCGUUUUAUCCCCCAAAUUUAUCUACAGAGCUGUUUGUUUCUACUCACUACGCAGAUCCGUCGUGUCGCAUCGCUCUUGUUGUUGUCAGAUAUGUCAUAG